CGAACCGUCCCAUCAUACCUCGCGUGUUCAACGGCUCUCCACUGUACGGUCGCUCAUUGAAACGCCGUACACCGGGCCUGUUUGGGGUCGAUUUGGUGAAUAAUUUGGAGCCAAACACUAAUUAUCAGCAACACACACUUCUCCGUCCUGUGUCUCUGCGGACCGCGGUGGUCGGACGUGCUUUCCGUGGCUUGCUGGCUGGCUGGCGGUCGGAACUGAGCGGUCGGUUGGGGCGGCAGGCAGCGCGGAGCUCGUCCCGAAGUGAUGGAGCUUGAGUCGGCCAGUAGAAGCGGGGAACUCGCGGCGAUGGGCGACUCGCUCCAGCCGCAGACUCCGAGCAGGCACGAAAAGAGCCUGGGAUUGCUCACGACCAAAUUCGUGACUUUACUACAAGAAGCGAAGGACGGAGUGCUGGAUCUCAAGGCUGCAGCAGACACCCUGGCAGUGCGACAGAAGCGGCGGAUCUACGACAUCACUAAUGUGCUGGAGGGAAUCGGACUCAUAGAGAAAAAGUCCAAAAACAGUAUUCAAUGGAAGGGUGUUGGCCCGGGCUGCAACACCAGGGAGAUCGCUGAUAAGCUGAUUGAUCUGAAGGCAGAGCUGGACGACUUGGCUGUCAGGGAACAUGAGCUGGACCAGCAGAGAGUCUGGGUCCAGCAGAGCAUCAAGAAUGUCACAGAUGACUCCAACAACAGCCCUAUGGCUUAUGUAAAACACGAAGACCUCUGUGGAGCUUUCAAAGGUGACACUCUGCUAGCGAUCCGCGCGCCAACCGGCACACAACUAGAGGUGCCCAUACCAGAAUCUGUCCUCAACGGACAGAGGAAAUACCAGAUCCGUCUGAAGAGUUCAUCUGGUCCCAUCGAGGUUCUGCUGGUCAAUAAGGACCCGUCCAGUUCGUCUCCCGUUGUCCUGCCAGUUCCUCCUCCAGAGGAUGUCCUCCAGAACCUCCCAGCACCGACAGCUACCUCCCAGCCGCCCGCUGCCGCCGCCUCCCAGGCCACCAAAGCAGCUUCAGCCGCUUCCACAAAACCUGGUCCUGCUACUACAGCAGCCACUGGAGAGGCCAACCAGACAGCCUCAACGACAGUGGAGACGAGCAGCACGACGCUCAGCCCGACAACAGACACACCUGCCACGACGCCGCUGGUCACCCAGCAGCUGCAGUCCUCGGCCUCGCUGGAUGGAUCUGCCUCCUCCGCUGCCUCUGCAGUGUUUGAACCAAUUAAGUCCGACCCCUCUGAGUUGCUGGACUUUCCCAAAGAGCUUUCUGAAAUGUUUGACCCAACAAAAGAGAUCAUGAGUGGAGACCUGCUGGAGGACUUGAUGUCGUCAGAAGUGUUCUCACCUCUCCUCCGCCUCUCCCCUCCGCCCGGCGACCACGACUACAUUUACAACCUGGACGAGACGGAAGGCCUGUGCGACCUCUUUGACGUCCCCAUCCUCAACCUCUGACCCCCUCAGACUGACCUCAGAGUCGGGGACGGUUGCGCCGAACUUGCUAAUCAAACGACUGUCAAUUUUGCCGGUUUCCCCUCGUUUCACACCGGCGACGGAGGUGAAGCCGAAAACCUUGAUGAGCGUUCACGGACUCUUCUGGCCUGCGUGGCUCUGCAGCGUGUCGCACUGCCCCGUGAAGGGAAACACAGCCGAGAACAAACCCGUUUUAACCCACUGCUUUUUCCAAGGAAACAACACAAGAGACAUAACAGGCAAAUGAGCAAGUCUAUUUUUGGAUUCUUGUGUAUGAUAAAGCGCCAUGUUUUUCUUGUCUGUCUGCUCCCCUGUGCGUGUGUGAGUGAGCGUGUGUUAGGCAUUCUUUGUGUGGGUGUCUGUGUUUUGUUUCGUUUUUAAAUUUGUAUUUUUGUUUUUUGCAACCCUCUCCUUUCCUCCCUCCCUCCCUCCCUCCCUCCCUCCUCUACCACAUCACUGGUUAAACUUUUAGUCAAAAGUCGAUAGGAAAAAUGAAAACGCUUUUCAUAUCAGGUCAAGAUUCAGAGCAGAAAUGAACAGCACACACACACACACACACACCAUCUUUUUCAUCCUGGCAGCUGGUCACAUCAAACAUCUCUCAUCUGUCAGCUCGUCCAAACUCAGCUGGUUAAAUAUGCACUGUCCUCAUGUACAUAGAGAGUAUAUAUUUUGUAUUACCAGCAUAGAAGACAAUUGUGUACAAAUGAACUACAUUUGUAAUACAGAUGGAGCAAUAGGUAACAAACAAUAGGAACCAGACUCAGAGCAAAAGAUGGAAGUGUUUUUGAAAGUGUGUGUAUGAAGUGCUUUUAUUAUUAUUAUUUUGUAACUUAAUGGGAAUCUGGGUUCAUCAAACCUCUCAGAGCUGGAGUGCUGCAGGACAAAGUGUCUCAGACUUUAAAUAUGAGGAGCAAAGGACCAAACGUUUUUGGAUCACCACAGGCUUUUCAAGGGUUGUCGUCAUGGUGCUUUCUGUUUUUCUGAUCAAACUAAAAAAUUAGCAAAAAGCCAAAAAAUUUACCGCCCUGAAGGCCCAAUCUGAACAUCUGUGUUUAAAAAAAAAAAAAAAAAAAAAAUGCUGCUUCUGCAUCAGCACUUCUGCUCCAAGAGGCUUGGUGUUUUUUUUUUUUUUUGGAAAGCGAAGAGAAGAGAUCGCCUUCCUUUCACUUUCACUUUGCCCUCUGGAGUCGUUUGCCUUGUUGCAUUUUAUUCGUUGUAAUCCUUAGUCAUCUUUCUUUCAUCGGCGAUACAUUUUUCUUCACUUCAAAGAAAUCGGUAUAUUAUGUGAUUAUCUUCCCACUGUCUUUUUUUUCCCCCUCCUAAACAAACUCUGUGGCACUCAUGAUUCAUCUUUUCAGCUAUCAAGCAUGUACAUUAACACCUUUUUCUAAUUAUUAUUAUUCAAUGAAUUUGUACACGCAUAUAUACAGAAAAUGUAUUUGUCAUGUUUUAAUUGAUGCAGUGAGUAUAGUCACCAAGUCAAGAAGUAUGCUAGGGUUUUUUUUUUUUUUUUAAAUGCUGCUCGCCUUGUAUAUUUGGCAUUGAUCCCUAUUCCUAUAGUUAUUAAUUAUGUUCAAUGAAAACACUGCCUACCUAUUCUCUCUCUGCAGCUGACAGAUGAGUAUUAAUUAAUUCAUGAUGUCCUGCUGUCUGUCACAGUACCAGUCAACUUUCUUUUCCUCUCUGUUGUCAACUUUAACUUUCUGUUCUGCAAAAAAACAAACAAAGAAAUCAGAUUUUGUGUCAAAAUGUCCCUGUUUUCCCAGCCUCUCCCCUGGAUGAUGUGGUGGAUGUAAUGUAUGUAAUGUAUGUACUGUGUAUAUUCCCACACUAUUGCUUGUAUAGAAUAGCAUUUAUUUUUUAUACCUGCUAGAUAUAUUAUUAUUGCUACUACUAAUUUGGGGCUAUAUAAGGAAUUUAUCCAGAAAACCUUUGGCUUUAUGGAAGCAUCCCUUUUCUCAUCGUUGCACUUUACAUCACCCCGGACUGAUUGGUUGGUACUUGAUCGACUUAUUGAUUGAUUAGUGUCCGUCCAUGUUGUUUUGGGGGGGUGUUGUCAGUACAGCAGCAACCUUACCUGGGUUGAGUGCACCUCACCUGUGUGCACGGUGUGUGUGCACGUGUGUGUGUGUGUGUGUGUGUGCGCACGCGCGCGCACGCCACCAGACUCAACUCAAACCUACACCGACCGGUUUCAUCAGGCUCACUAUUGCUAAGCUGUAGUCGCAUCUUCAGAAACAAAAUAAACACUUUUGUAUUCUU